AUUUAAUAUAUAUAAUUAUUUGUAAACAAAGCUAAUUUUUUUUUUAUACAACAAUUCAAAUACAAAAACUACAAUAUAAAGCUUAAUAUGUAUUAUGUUUCAAUGGAGAAAGAAAAACCCUAUGCAUUAUGGCAACAUAACACCUAUAAAUGCCGCAAGACUUUCAUAUUCAUCCAUUUUUAGUCCAUACCUUUUUAAAAAGUUCAAGAAUUUCGCCUUCGAUAUGAUCUUGAGGCCUAUAGAUCCCGAGGGAUAAUUCAUAGGGGUUCCUCCUUGAUCACUCAAUGUCUUUGUGAUGGUUAUAGAGAACGGCGUUUCUCGUUCUUGCGACUGAGCACAUUUUUCAUUUAUUUUUUAUCCGUAUCGUCUUGUUGUUUCUUUUUACUUCUAUCCAUUUCAUUUAGUCUUUGUAAAAGUUGAUUAUUAGUUACUCUUUAAAUAUGAUGUGUUGGAUGUUCA